AUGGCGGCGCCGGAGACCUCCGCCUGCGGUGCGGGCCCCGCGCUCCUCUUCCCGUCGUCCUCGUCCUCCUCCUCGUCCGCGCGGGUGGAGGCCGUCGUCGUCUUCACCAUCUGCGACAGCUUCGUGCGUCGGCCCGACCAGGCGGAGCGCGUCAUCGGCACCCUCCUCGGCUCCGUCCUCCCCGACGGCACCGUCCACGUCCGCAACGCCUACGUCGUCCCCCACAGCGAGUCCGCCGACCAGGUUGCUCUCGACAUUGAGUACCACCACAACAUGUACGCGUCGCACCAGAAGGUGAACCCCAAGGAAGUGCUUGUGGGAUGGUUCUCCACUGGCUUUGGUGUUUCAGGCGGUAGUACGCUUAUCCACGAAUUUUAUUCAAGAGAAGUACAGAGCCCUAUUCAUCUUACUGUUGACACUGGCUUCACCAUGGGGGAGGCUUCCAUCAAAGCGUAUGUCUCAUCCAACCUGUCUCUUGGAGAUAGGCACCUUGCCGCACAAUUUCAAGAAAUUCCUCUGGACUUGAAGAUGCUUGAUGCAGAGAAAGUUGGAUUUGAAAUGCUGAAAUCUACUAUGGUGGAGAAGCUCCCCAACGAUUUGGAAGGAAUGGAGUCUUCAAUGCAAAAGUUAUAUGCUCUUAUUGACGAGAUCUAUAAAUAUGUUGAUGAUGUUGUGGAAGCUCGUGUGGCACCGGACAACAAGAUAGGCAGGUUCAUUGCUGACACCGUCUCCUCCAUGCCAAAGCUGUCUCCAGCAUCUUUUGACAGGCUCUUCAAUGACAAGAUUCAGGACAAUCUUGCGCUGGUAUACCUGUCAAGCAUCACACGGACUCAGAUCGCGGUAGCCGAGAAGCUGAACACCGCCGCCCAAGUCCUGUGA